CGCCUCGGGAGAGGGUCCAUCUCCCGGGACCCAUGUGGAUGCAGCAUGACUUUCCAUUGGACCCGGCUCACCUAGGUGCCCAGGUCAUCCCUCAGAUGCCAUUCCGAGCCAAUGCAACAUGCUUAGUGGUUCACCGUUUUCCCUCGCAUUAUCCCCUGCAAGCCUGCACUUUGGACCUAUGGACUUUUCCGCGAGGCUGGAAACCUCUUCUGUCUCCAACGUAGCCCAGUCACAUACCUACUGACCCAGCUUGGCUUUUUGACUCGCAACUCGACGGUGGUCUGCAACUUACCUACCUUACCUAGGUUGGUACCUGGUAGUCAGACGGUACCGUAUACACACCAUGGAUUCUGCUCCAUUCUCAACGUUCCCGGAUGCACUCCGCGGCAAGCGCAUCUUGCUAUGCACCGAAUCCUUUGGUCCGGUGAACGGCGUUUCCAGGACCACCAUGAUGCUCGUCAACCACCUCCGGGCCAACGGCGCAAACGUUGUUGUGGUUGCUCCUCACACGGCGGAAUCAACAUUUGUUCCAAAAGAACUUGUCGCAGCACCAAGCUCAGCCCAAAAGCCCGAAAUUAUCAGGAUCCACGGCUAUCCGCUGCCGUAUAACCCAGAGCUCUCUAUUGUCUAUCCAGCUAGACUCUCUGUCCUGUAUAGGAGAUCCUUUGGUUCCGCGCCUGACCUGAUCUACCUGGCCUCACCUGCGUCGGUCGGGUUCCAGGUGAUGCUUCAACUCAGACAACAACCACCAGAAAGGCAAAUCCCCAUCAUCUGCAAUUUUCAAACCGACCUCGCAGGCUACUGCGCCAUCCUCUUCCCCUGGCCGCUCAGCAACUUGGCCGUCCUCGCAUUUGCCACGGUGCAGAGCUUCCUCUUCAACCACACGAGCGUCAAGACAAUCUUCUACCCAAGCCGCUUCGUGCGGCGAUAUCUCGAGGAGCAACGGGUGCAAAGCGACAAGCUCGAGGUUUUGCAGCGAGGGGUAGACACGGAGCUCUUUCAUCCGGCCCGGCGCAGCGACAUAUUGAGACAGGAGAUCGCACCAGCCGGUGAGAUCGUCUUGAUUUGCGUAUCCCGUCUGGCCGGGGAAAAGGGGUUCGGAUUCCUGGCCGAUGCCGCGAGGGCGCUGGAUGCGCGCGGCCUGAAGUUCAAACUGUAUAUCGUCGGAGGCAACCGCAACGCGGCGGUCGAGGCCGAGAUCAAGGACUCCUUCGGGUCGCUAUCGACAGGCCGAGGCACCGUCAUCUUUGCGGGGUUCCGCGUCGGGGAGGCGCUCGCCGCUGCCUACGCAUCCGCUGACAUCUUCUUGCACUGCUCCACUACCGAGACAUUUGGGCUCGUGGUCCUCGAAUCCAUGGCAAGCGGAGUGCCCGUGGUGGCGCGGGACGAGGGUGGUCCCAGUGACAUUGUGCGGGACGGAGAGACGGGCUAUCUCACGCCGCCAGCGGACUUGACGGCCUUCGUGGAUAGAGUCAUGACUCUCGCCAAGGACGCCGGCCUACGGAAGCAGUUUAGUACAAACGCCCGGGCCCAUGCCGAGCAGGCAACGUGGGAAAGAAUCAACAAUAAAGUUGCCUGGCGGAUGGUGGAAACCAUUGAUCAGAGUCGACGAGAGAGGAUUCAGGCAGGGUUGUCACAAACCCACAGCUCCCAGGCACAGGCGGAGGAAGGUAUUGGAGCGACGACAACAACGCCGCUUUUGGCGCGGUCGCUGCCAAUAAACAUCGUACAAACUCAACUUGCUAAUGCACGGCUUGCUGCUGGAAUGGUCGCUAUUUCUCUGACUUGGGUCGUUGUGGGAGCGUAUUUGGUCUUCAUCAAAGUCGGCUUUUGGAUAAAGGCGGCCUCGACGAGUUGUUUGCCCGGGCGUGGAGGGAUAUGAUAUGAAAAACAUCGGGCCCCAUGUCUCAGCAUCAGGUGUUUGAAGGAAAUGUAGACACCCGUCUUAGAGUACUCGGAUGAGAAUGGAUAGGUAAUUCGUGUUGUUGUGUAGGUAUGGAGCUAGCACCUGAUUAAACCUCGCCAGGAUA